AUGACUACCGAGUUGUCUCAAGCUAGUAACUUGUAUAAGCCCAGUGUUUUCCAAGAGGAGGCACCCAUUCAGGAUUCGAACGACUCCUCUGCGGAGCCUAGUCAUUUUUCGCCUCCGCACGACGAUAUCGUUUGUGCCCCACUGGCCGCCGACGAGUAUGACAGCCUUCUUCAGUCUCUCCGUGACGCUUGUCAUUCGACCAACCGUCUUAUCGUCUGGGGUAUAAAGACCCAGAAAGAUGCCGGACCUGCCAAAAAGACACCCGCAGACUCUCAGAACACCAUGAAUACCGCCGUACCUCAUGCCGAAAACGAUUUCAGACUCACACCUCAAUCACAGUAUCGCAAGACCUGGUAUGGGUCUAAAGUCAACUCCGGCCUAGUCUCGCGAGUCAGAGAAGCGAUUGUUCUGGACUGCGAGAUGGUGAUGUGCGGCAAACGUCAAGAGAUUGGAUUUCUGAGCGCCAUUGACUUCGUCACGGGCGAGGUCCUUAUAAAUUGCCAUGUCCAGCCGCGUGACAAGAUAACACGUUGGAAUACCCAAUGGAGUGGCAUCACGCCUCAGUCGAUGAAAGCUGCCCGACGGGAGAAAAAUAUCCUCUGGGGCUGGCAACAAGCCCGUCACGAGGUAUGGCAGUAUUCGGACCAGGAUACCGUCUUUAUCGGUCAUGAUAUCCGCAACGACUUAAACGUCUUACGGAUUAUCCACCCCAAGAUUGUGGAUACCUCCAUCUUGACAAAUGAGGCGAUCUUCCCAGACUUGUCAAGCAAGCGCAAAUGGUCCCUGAAAACGCUUUCGCGGACGUUCCUCGGCCGAAGUAUCCAGACAAGCAAGCAUGGCCACGAUGCCCUGGAAGAUGUCCAGGCCACUCGCGAUGUUCUUCUCUGGUGCCUUCGUCACAAUCAGCAGCUUCAGAGCUGGGCAAAAUGGACUCGUGCUUCGGCGACGGCCCAAGUGUUUCACAUUUCGCAUGAUCAAUACUUGUUACUAUCGACUAAUCAGGUCAAAAGUGAGGAUGUGGGGCUCAUUGAGGCUAAUUCGGUGACAGCUCCAGAGUCUCAGGAUAACAUGAAGACGUUCUGUGAGGGUCCCGAAGAGUCUUGGGGCUCUACUGCUGAGGAAGAGUGGUCUAAACCGGAGCCAUGGAUGCCAGAGAUGAAGUUUCACAAGACUGUGUGGACUUGUAAGACGACUGAAGAAUCCUGGGGCUCGGCUAUCGAGACAGGAUGGUCAAAUACGCAAUCUCAGCCAGGAGCGAUAGAGUCUCAGAAAGCCUUCACUGGCAUGUACGAGACGGCCGAAGAAUCUUGGGGUUUAACCACCAAGAUGGAGUGGUCGACUGCGAAGCCGCGGGCCCCUGCGAAGAGAUCUGGCAAAACUCGCAAAUCCCGCAGGUCCCAGAAGACCAGCAGGAAGAAGAUCACUGAUUCUACCACGGAGUCUUGGAGCUCAAUCACAGAGCAGAGCUGGUCCAAUACGGAUUCAAUGGAAGAGUCUCGCGUGAACACCACACAAACUGGGUCAGAGACAUGGUAG